AUGUCAGAGUUGGAUGCACUUUUAAGCUCGAUAAUAUCUUCGAGUAAAGCCACGAAGCUAGCCGUGGAUGAGCUUACUGAAACUUUGCUGUCUGCAAGUGAAGAUUACCCCGAUUUCAUCCACAAUCUACUAGAAAAGCUGAAGCAGGCGGAACCAGAAGGCAUCUCGCUAUUGCAGUUGAAAAAUCAAGCUUUGGCUUCGUAUAUAAACAACUUGGCUUUGAUUGUACUAAGUCACCUCGAAAGGUUGGAAGAACAUGGGGACAAUGACAACAGUGAUGGGGAAAAUAAGAAGCAAGAUGACCGUGAUGAAGCUAUCCAAAGGUCAAUUGUUCAACGAGUAACUUUGGAGAAAGGCGUCAAACCUUUAGAAAGAAAGAUCACUUACCAAAUUGAAAACCUCGUCAGGGCGUAUAACAAGAUGGAAGCUCAACAAAAGGCGGCAUCGCAGAAAGCGGAAUCUGCAGCCAACUUGGCAGACUCCGAACUUGGCUCAUCCCACGACCAGUCAGAGUUGGACUCGGACGAAGAAGAUGAGUUGGCAUAUAGACCAGACGCAUCGUCCUUUGCCAAACUAGCCAAACAGGGCCCAGCCUCCACCGGCACCUCCAGCACUACAUCAGAGAAAUAUAAACCGCCAAAGAUCUCAGCCAUGGCACCACCAACAUCGACAAAAUCGGCCGCUGCCGCCACCACUCCAGGCACAGCAUCAGACAAAGCGACGAAACGUCUCCAAUCAAUGGAAGAAUACUUGCAAGAUCAAAGCGACUUGCCCAUGGCGGAAGCAAGUAUAGGAUCAACUAUAGUCCAGCACGGUCGCGGAGGAGUCAAGACUCAGCACGAUCGUCAGAAAGAACGCGAGAUUCAACGCUACGAGGAAGCCAAUUUCACGCGUUUACCGACUACGCAAACUAAAAAGAGCUUCAGGGAGAAACAACGCGAUUUGGCUAAUCAGUUUGCUGGUGAAGACUGGAGUAUGUUUAGUCUGCGAAACGAUCGUGAUUUGAGUAAGGAUACUUCGCGAAAGAGGAAAGCUGGCACUUCUUGGGACCGGGCCAAGAAGAAGAGGUUGUAG